UGAUAUCAUCCGGCUUGACUAUUUUAUUUGGUUGAGCCAACCUUUUCAAAAAAAUAUAUAUCCCAAAAAUAUCCUUCUCCUACUACCUUCUUCAUUCAUUCUGAUCUCUCUCUUCUUCUGAUUUUCAACAGAAACAAAUUAAGGCAGCACUUGACAAUCUAUGCGUGUUGAAAAAAUGUUUCUACUACAAGAACAUCUCAAAACAUGUAGUUAGUUGCGUUCUUCUUCUUCACCAACCAAAAUACUAACCAGAGAAGAAACAAUGAAGAUGAAAUCGGUGGUGGACGAUGAAAUAUCAUAUCCUUUACUACCCAAAUUCGCGAAGAACGCAAAGGAUUAUAAAACAUUUCCGGUGGAUGAAGACGACUCUUCUCAUUCUGGUUUAGUGUUUAAUGUCACGACUAGUAUAAUUGGAGGCGGUAUUAUGUCUAUUCCUGCUACUUUGCAAGUAUUGGGUAUAGUUCCGGCCCUUAUGCUUAUUGUAAUCGUUGCUAUAUUGUCUGAGAUAUCAGUAGAUUUUCUUUUGAGGUUUACUGUUAAGAAGACGACUUAUGCCGGUUUGAUGGGGGAGUCAUUUGGGUUAGCCGGAUCGUUUUUUCUGCAAAUUUGUAUAUUGGUCACAAAUCUUGGAUGCCUCAUCAUUUAUCUCAUCGUUAUUGGGGAUGUAUUAUCUGGAACCGGUGGGAAAUUGGAAUAUGGAAAGAAUGUUCAUAUGGGAAUUCUACGAGAAUCGUUCGGAAUCCACUGGUGGAAUUCCAGGAAUUUCACCAUGCUUUUCGUCACAAUCUUUGUUAUGCUUCCCCUGGUUUUGCUAAAACGUAUAGAAUCAUUAAAGUACACUUCUGCCGUGUCGGUUUUUCUUGCGGUGGUAUUUGUUAGUAUAACCAUGGCUAUAUUUUCAUUUUGGGAAGGAAAGAAUACGACGGCAAGACUACUGCCAGCUGAAGAUUCAUCAUUUUCAAAACUUUUUACGGCAGUUCCCAUUAUUGUGACCGCGUUCACUUUCCAACCCAACGUUCAUCCGAUUAGAGCUGAACUCAGCAAACCAUCAGACAUGACUUCUGCCAUUCGAAUAUCUCUAGUCAUAUGCGUUGCAAUAUACUCAAUCGUUGGAAUAUCUGGAUACCAACUAUUUGGUGAUUCCACCAUGUCUGAUAUACUCUCCAACUUCGAUGAAAAUUUCAGUUCGACAACAAAUACAUGGAUUCUCACCGAUAUAAUACGCUUAAGUUACGCAAUCCAUAUCAUGCUUGUUUUUCCCAUUCUGAAUUUCUCAUUACGAGUGAACGUCGACGAACUAUUCUUUCCUAGGCCUAAAUGGCCCGCAUUGUCUGCCCAUCCGGCUCGGUUCGUGUCGAUUACUUGUUUCCUAUUAUUGAUCGUUUAUGUAGCAGCUGUGGUCAUACCAAACAUAUGGUAUUUCUUUCAGUUUAUUGGUUCAACAACUUCUCUUUGCCUUGCUUUCAUCUUUCCUAGUGCCAUUGUUUUAAGAGAUUAUCAUGGAGUGGCAACAAGAAGAGACAAGGUUUUGGCUGUAUUGAUGAUAACCUUGGCUGUAGUAGCAAGUUCUAUUGCAAUUUCUUCCAAUGUUAUUACUUUAAUUUGAAGCUAUGUAAAAAACUUGAAUUAGUUCUUUGAUAGAAAAACUGUAAUUAGCUAGAAAUCUUAUAGAAUUAUAUUGUAUGCUAUUUUCCACCCUAAUUGGUGGAAGUCACUAAAUUCUCUCCAUUUUCAUUAAUGUAAAAAUAAAUAAAAAUGUAAAUCAAAUUUGAAUUGAAUUCAACAAGCAGUUUUUUGGUUAAUU